GGCUCGAUCCCGAAAGCUUCCUCUUAAUUGUCCCAUCGUGGCUACCCAAGGUUCCCUCCCGGAGAAAGGGAGAGGGCUAUCAUUUGCGGUGCACCUCUCUCGCAACUGAUGACCGAGUCAACCGAGUGAACGUACAUGUACGCGCGUGCUGUACCGUUGUCCUCGGUGUAAUUCUUUGCGCAAAGCGACCAGAGACGACUUACGAUUGUGCGAAGCGACGAAACGCUGUGCCCACUACCUGUCUGCAACUCUCCUCGACGGAACUGAGAAAAUUGCCUAACGGUGAUGCACUUCACAUCAAGGACACCGGUGUUUCGACUUCCUUCGACAAAAGCAAAGAAUCGCCGAGAGAGAGCAGACGAAGCGUGGUGAGGAGAUGGGUGGUAAUGGCUGGAUUCUUCUUCCUCGGAUGUGCCUUGGUGGCCGGGGUUGGUCUGCCGCUUGCCCUGGAGCUUCGAAGCUCUCACCUGCUGGAAGCUAGGCUGCAAGUGGUCCGCAGAAUGCUGUCGGAGGUUCCUCUGAUCGACGGACACAACGACUUCGCCUGGAAUCUUCGCAAGCACCGCGGUAACACGAAGCUGGGUAACUUCCCCUUCGAUGAAGACCUGUCGCGCAACUCCAGCUGGGGUCCGCAAUGGCAGACCGACCUGAUCCGCCUGCAGCAGGGUAUCGUCGGCGCGCAGUUUUGGUCGGCCUACGUGCCGUGCGAGGCGCAGUUCCUCGACGCCGUCCAGCUCACCCUGGAGCAGAUCGACAUCGUGCGUAGACUGACCACGCGCUACCCCAAGCGGAUCCGACUGGUGACGGCAAGCGGCGAGCUGGAGAACGCUCAUCGGGACGGAGUGAUCGCCAGCUUAGUGGGCAUCGAGGGUGGCCACAGCAUCGGCACUUCCAUGGCGGUGCUGAGGAGCUUCCACCGGUUAGGCGCGCGUUACAUGACCCUGACCCACAAGUGUAAUACUCCGUGGGCGGACUCGUGCUCCGUCGACGAUCCGAACUCGGACGAGCCGUCUGAUUUCCGCAGCAACGGCCUCUCGGAAUUUGGCAAGGCGGUUGUUCGCGAGUUAAAUCGCCUGGGCAUGCUGGUGGAUCUCUCUCACGUUUCGAUCAGGACGAUGCGAGACGCUCUCGCGGUGACGAAGGCUCCGGUCAUAUUUUCGCACAGCGCGGCCAAGGCGCUCUGUAAUUCUUCGAGCAACGUCCCAGACGACGUACUGCGGAAUUUGUCCCUCAAUGGAGGUCUGGUUAUGGUUAGUUUCGACAGCGCCCAUUUGAGCUGCGGCGAUAAGGCCUCCAUGUACGACAUUAUAGCUCACAUCAAUCAUAUCAGACGAACAGCUGGUGUGAAUCACGUGGGUCUCGGCGCGGGUUACGAUGGGAUACUGAGGCCGCCGACGGAAUUGCCAGACGUUUCCGGCUACCCCCUGCUGCUGGCUGAGCUAACCAGAGAUCGGAGAUGGUCCGCGACGGACAUAAAGAAGCUGGUGGGCGGGAAUUUGUUGCGCGUCCUCAAGGAAGUGGAGAAUCACGCUGCGAGUCUUUCAAACCAGUUUCCGGCGGAGGAGUGGAUUCCCGAGACACUCGUCGAGGACAGCACCUACUGCCGAUAUCACGAAGCGUAGGGUCUCACCACGCACUCGCACCCGCUCGUACGGGCUUGUUUCCGGUAUCGAGGCUGUCACUUUGGUUCCCGUGAGGUGUCCGGCGCUCGCCGAGGCCGCACACUUUGAACUGUAUGAUCUUUGUACCUGGGUCGCCUCAACCGUUUUGCAUUUUUAAUAAAGGUAGCAGCGAACUGACGAGA